GGGCGGGCAGCAUGCCGACAGUUUGGGUGUGGAGGUAAACAGAUCACAGGGUUGACAAUGUCCCGGUUUAAAAAAACGGCUAAGGUGGACUCUCUGGCCGGCUUCAGGACGGAGAAGACAGAACCGGUUGUUCCGAAUGGUCUGAUAAACGCAGCCAGGAAGAGCGGCCAGCUCAACCUGUCCGGCCGCGGGCUGACAGAGGUCCCUCAGAACGUGUAUCGUCUGAACAUCGACACACCAGAGGAGGCACAGCAGAAUGUGUCCUUUGGAGCAUCAGAUAGGUGGUGGGAACAGACUGACCUCACCAAACUGCUGCUCUCAUCCAAUCAGCUUACACAUCUUUCUGAUGACAUUAGACUGCUGCCUGCACUCACAACACUCGAUCUUCAUGACAACCAGCUGAAGAGUUUACCAGGUGCCCUGGGAGAACUGCUCGAGCUUCAGCAACUGAGACUAAGUCAUAACCAGCUAACAUCUGUGCCAGUGGAAGUGUGCACUUUGAAGAACCUCCGCAGCCUCACACUUCAGCAGAACCAGAUGGAAAGUCUGCCAGAGGAACUGGGACAACUGGAGAACCUUACAGAGCUGGACGUAUCCAACAACCAUCUGACAGCCCUGCCCUCCACUCUGGGCCACCUCAGCUGUUUGCAGAAACUGAACCUGAACCACAACAAACUCAGCUCCCUUCCUGACAGCCUGGCUCAGCUCAAAAAUGUUAAGCUGUUGGACUGCAGCAACAACCAGCUGACAGACAUUCCUGUCAGCCUAUCAGAGAUGCUCGCUUUGGAGCAGCUGUAUCUCAGACACAACAAGCUCCGCCUCCUCCCACAGCUACCUGCACCCUCCCUCAAGGAGUUGUAUGUAGGAAAUAACCAGAUUGAGCAGUUAGAGGCGGAGCAGCUGUCAAGCCUCACGGCCAUUUCUCUUCUAGAACUUCGAGACAACAAGAUCAAAAGCCUUCCUGAACAGAUCACCUUAUUGAGUACGCUCACACGCCUCGACCUCACUAAUAAUGACAUCACCACUCUCCCUGCAUCACUCGGCCUGCUGCCCAAUCUGAAGAUGUUACUGUUGGAGGGAAACCCCAUGAGAGGAAUCAGGAGAGACCUGCUCACUAAAGGAACCAAUGAGCUUCUGAAAUAUUUAAGAGGAAGAAUUAAAGAAGAGCCAGACGGUCCAGAUGAAGGACCUACUGCCAUGACACUUCCAAGUCAGGCCAGAGUCAACAUUCAUAACAUUAAAACCCUUAAAUUACUGCAGUUCAGUGAGAAACAGGCAGAUCAGGUUCCAGAUGAAGUGUUUGAUGCUGCUGCAGAUCAAGCUAUUAGUAAUGUUAACUUCAGUAAGAACCGGCUGUCCAACAUCCCUCCCAGAUUGAUGGAGUUCCACUCUUCAGUAUCAGAUAUAAAUCUGGGCUUUAACAGACUGACCUGCUGUUCUCCUGACGUCUGCAAGUUACUGCAGCUGAUGCACAUUGACUUCAGAAAUAAUCAGCUGAGUGAUUUACCAUCUGAAAUGAGGAACUUGACUAAACUACGCUCCAUCAUCCUUAACUACAACAGGUUCAAGACCUUCCCUGACAUCCUCUAUGAGGUCGUUUCUCUGGAAACAGUGUUGCUUGGUAACAAUCAGGUGGGCGGGGUUGACCCUGGUCGUCUUAUAAAGUUAGUUAAUUUGUCAACACUGGACCUAUCGAACAACGACCUGCUGAACAUCCCUCCUGAGCUGGGCCUGUGCACCACCCUCAGGUGUCUCAGUCUGGAGGGGAACCCGUUUCGAACACCCAGAGCUGCCAUCGUGGCCAAAGGGACGGACGCUGUGUUGGAAUACCUCCGCAGCCGGAUCCCCACAUGACCUGACAGACCUGAGACUGAAGCAGCCUCUGUCAACAUGGGAUUCCCUGGAGAUCAAACAUUUGCAUGAAUCUGGUGAUAACAGGGGUGUUGAUUCAGAGAAAUACAUCAAGAUAUGCUGUGAUCCUGGAAGCAGAGUUAUACAUGGUGGUUUUUUAAAAUUCAAUUUUAGUAAAAUUUUCACAGUAUAAAAAAAACCUUGUACUUUUUUUUUUUUUUUUUUUUUUUUUUUAUAAAAUCACAAAGAUGGGAUCUACAUUAAUUUAUACAGAAAAUGAACCACUAUUUGCCACCAACCUUUGUAUGUUAACUGUUCAUUAAAAAUCAACACAGUGUUUUUGAGAAUUGAUUCAGUAUCACAACACAUAUUGUCAUGAUACUCAGAUAUGUUAGUAUUUUCUUACACCCCUAAGUGAUUCACUGCCAUAUUGCUAAUCUCUUGUGUGAUGCACUGUUGGUCAAUAUGUGGCCUUUCAGUUUGUCAUUGCAGCUGCAGAUGGAUUCUCUGACUGUCGAACAGAACUGUCUUAAAUGUGUGACUGAAAUGACAAAGGCAUAAAUCUGAAUAAAGAUAGUAUUAAGUCAA